UGCUACCCAAAAUAUUAAAAUAUUGACACUAUUUUUAUUAUGUACAUUUUGCCAUUAUUUGUUUUGUUUGAUUUGAUAAAUGAUAACCUGACUGAGAAGUGAUAUUAUCUUGUGUGGAUAUUAAAUAAUAAACAAAAUAUAUUACAAGAAUAAUUUUAAAAGACAUUUAAUUGGUAAUUUUAAGACGAUGUCAGGACCGGUACAAGAGGUUAUUGAGGAAGAUGCCGCUGACUUACAAUUUCCUAAAGAAUUUGAAAAUGCUGAAACCCUCCUUAUAUCUGAGGUUGACAUGUUAUUAGAACACAGAAAAGCACAGAAUGAGUCGGCUGAAGAGGAACAGGAAUUUUCUGAAGUAUUUAUGAAGACUCUAACAUAUACUAAUAUGUUUAAGAAAUUUAAAAAUAAGGAAACAAUAACUGCAGUCAGAAACUUGUUGCAGUCUAAAAAGCUACAUAAAUUUGAAGUGGCAAGCUUAGCUAAUCUUUGCCCUGAAACGCCAGAGGAAGCCAAGGCCCUAAUACCAUCAUUAGAAGGCCGAUUUGAAGAUGAAGAAUUAAGAAUUUUAUUAGAUGACAUACAGACUAAACGAAGUAUACAAUACUAGUAUUUAAGAAACUGUUUACUUUUUAUAUUGCAUUUUAACUGAACUUUUUACAUUAAUUCCGUGAGGCAUUUUGGAUAAUUUUUGACCCGUCAACCUUUCCCCCUUCAUCAUAAUAUUUAAUAAUUGUAAGAUUUUCCUGAACUCCCUUAAUCUCCCGCGCGAUUCUUUAAAAUUUAUCUUUUGGCUGUAACAUGUUGGUUUAUUGAGAAAAAAAUAAAAACUUUUUGUGAUAUUUCUAUAAUUUAAAACCAAUAUCAUAAAAUUGAAUAAUGAAUAUUAAACAAAAAUUAAGAAAGGAUUUAUUUUAAUUCAGUCUAUGGAGACUUAUGCAUAUUUUAAGCCGUUUUCUACUAGAAGAAUAAUUACGUGAUAUUUUCCAAGACCCCCCUAAUAAUUGCAAACAAGAUGACAUUAUAUUGUUUGUGGUUCAAAUGCUCUAUAUUAAAUAUAAAUAUAUAUUUAAAAUUAUUCUACUAGUAAAUAUUUGAAGAUUAAAUCGACACCAUAUUUUUUCAAUAGUUACCAAUCUUACUGAAAUAUGUUAAUUUAAUGAUGUAUAGUAGUAAUUUUCUCGCCUUUAAAGACUGAAUCUUGGAGGAAUAAGUUAAUGAAAAUGAAAAAGCUAAUUUAAUCAAGUAUAAUUUGUAUGUAUGUACUUCUGGUAUCAUUGGAUACUUUCAGAUUAUAAGAAAUAAUUUAUAAAAUAAAAAAUGCU